GUAAAUGCGCCUUGUUUUUUAUUCAUUAAAGAGAGAGGAGAGAGAGAGAGAGAGAGAGAGAGAGAGAGGGAGGCUUCUCCAAUGGCGCAACUGUAGCUGAGACUUAACCUCCUCAUUUCCCUUAUUUUUUAAAUUUUUUGUUCAGUCAGAGGCAGCUUCAUCGUCUUCCAGCUUGCGAGCUAGGGCUUUAUUUACUGUGAAACGGCAGGACAAGAGGAUGAUGAGCUGGAGAAGGGUUUUUAAGUCCGUGCAAGCCCUGGCUGCUCAUAGUCUUCUCUUCUUUUUCACACUCUUGCUCGUCUUCAAGCUUGACCACGUUGUCUCCUACUCUUGGUGGUUGAUUUUCUUUCCGCUCUGGUUGUUCCAUGGAGUUGUUGCUCGAGGAAGAUUUUCACUACCUGCUCCAUCAGUUCCAUAUAAUCGUCAUUGGGCACCUUGUCAUGCAGUUGUAGCGACGCCAUUGCUCAUUGCAUUUGAACUGCUGCUUUGUAUUUAUCUUGAGAGUGUUUAUGUUCAUGGUGUUGCAGCUGUAAACUUGAAGAUUGUCUUCAUUCCAUUGUUGGCAUUUGAAAUAAUUAUUCUAAUUGACAAUGUCAGAAUGUGUAGAGCUCUAAUGCCUGGGGAAGCAGAAGGUAUGAGUGAUGAAUCAAUAUGGGAGACGUUACCUCACUUCUGGGUUGCAAUAUCUAUGGUCUUUUUUGUAGCUGCUACAGUUUUCACCCUUUUGAAGCUUUGUGGUGAUGUAGGUGCUUUAGGCUGGUGGGACUUGUUCAUAAAUUUUGGUAUUGCAGAAUGCUUUGCAUUUCUUGUUUGUACAAAAUGGUCAAAUCCAGCGAUUCAUCGAAAUUCCCAGACAACAGAAGUUAGUUCAUCAUCUGCGACUGUUCGGUAUCUUGACUGGAACAGUGGCAUAGUGGUUUCUACCGAGGAGAACCAAAUUCAGGAUAGAAUGUGUGGCCUGCAAGACAUUGGUGGCCACAUCCUGAAAAUUCCAUUAAUUGGUUUUCAAGUGCUACUCUGUAUGCAUUUAGAGGGAACACCUACUGCUGCUAGAAAUAUCCCUCUUCCAGUUCUUUUCUCUCCUCUUUUCCUUAUUCAAGGUGCUGGUAUGCUAUUUGCUGCUUCCAAGUUGGUGGAGAAGUUGGUUCUUUUACUUAGAAACGAAGCUGGCACAGGAGUAUAUUUUAGAUUUUCUUCAAGGGCUCAUGACUGCUUGGGGUUCUUGCACCAUGGUUCUAGGCUACUUGGCUGGUGGUCAAUUGACGAGGGAAGUAGAGAGGAACAAGCCCGACUUUACCACGAGGGCGCUUCUGGCUACAACACUUUCUGUGGUUAUCCUCCUGAGAUAGUGAAGAAAAUGCCUAAAAAGGAUCUCGCUGAGGAGGUCUGGAGGCUUCAAGCUGCGCUUGGUGAACAGACAGAAAUUACCAAAUAUAGCCAGCAGGAGUUUGAAAGACUUCAAAAUGAAAAGGUAUUAUGUAGGGUUUGCUUUGAGAGAGAUAUCAGCGUGGUUCUACUUCCCUGUAGACAUCGUAUCCUUUGCAGUGUCUGCUGUGAUAAGUGUAAAAAGUGUCCAAUUUGUCGCAUCUCCGUCGAGGAGCGGUUGCCUGUGUAUGAUGUUUAGGCUCUAACUUGUCCAGCCAUGCAUAGGGAAGGCAAAUGGUUUUUAACUGGGAAGUUCUCUUUUUCAUGGUUCGCCAGAACUUCUACGACAAUGUUUGUUUGCUCAAAUUAACACGACAAAGCAUCAGGAUAUACAGAGGAAGCUAUUGUUCUUAUGUAUCAUCACCUCUUUUUAUGUUCGAGAAAGAAAUUGUAAAUAGUUCUGAGUUUGAUUGGUGUAUUGUUCUGGUCCUAAAUUGUUGUUAUUCUGCAGAGAUCCACUAGAAAGAUAAGAGCUGUAUAUACUGACUGUAUAGAAAUGACUUCUGAAGUGCAUAAUUUCAGAGCUUCUUCCUUAUGGUGGGUGCAACUAUACAUUAGUUUAACUCGGUAUCCAAUGAAGAUUCUCCUUUCUCUC